AUGGAGCUGAUGCCGAUCCCAGGCGUGUACCCUCUAAAGGGGGCGGUGGUGCAGGAGAUGCAGCAGUACUACGGGGAGAGGGCAAACCAGGUCUUUCAGUUCCCUCCUCCGGGAGCUCUGCUCCAAGUGACAGUUUUCAAGCUGCCAAUCGAGGAAGCGGACGUGGGCAAGUUGCAGAGAGCAAACCUCGACCUGCUUUUCCUGGCCUGGCUUAUGCGCUUUAACCUAGCCAUCCAGGAGAAGGACACUAAGACAAUGGCUUAUUUCCGGAAGGCAUCCCUCAAUGUCUUGAUGGACGUUCGCCUGGUCCCCUCCGAAUCCGAAAAGCUUGCCCAAGCUUAUCAAUUUCGAGAAGACGAGGAAAAGCAAGCCCACAUCGCUGGACACUCUCUGCUCAGUCGAGCCAGAGAGCUCAACAGCAUUCAGGAGCACCUGUUGCGAGCGAAGCCUGGGGCAGGUGCUGCUACUGGGCUGGUGGAGUACACGCAGCAGCACAAGAUUGUCUUUGCCACCAGCGACACGACCAUGAAUGUGGCAAAUGUCCGGCUGCAUUUGCGCGUCUUGCGUCGCUUGUCCAUGGCAGUGGCAGAUCCUGGCAAUCCUGCUUACAAGGACUCUGCCCUGUUCUUCUUUGACCGAAACGAGGAAAUUUUCGGAAGGAAAGGCCUGCAAACGAUCCUGCAAGAGUCUACGCGUGCCUUUGAUAGCUUUCAGAGUGCAUUGCAAAGCCUGGACGAGCUGCGUAUGGCAUCGGAAAACCUUCACAUCCUUCUCCUGCGGGCUGCAACAUCAAGAUGUCGGGCCGUGGAAUCGGAGAACUGGCCCGAGGGUUCCGCUGCUGGAGUGGUUCUGGCUUUUGCGUACGGCUUUGCUCGUUCCCACACCCUUGAGGCUGACGGGGUGCAAGUGACCGCGACAGAGUCUUACCCCUUGUUUGCGCAAGAGUCCCUGGACAAGCUGCUGCAUGAAAUUCUCAUCCCGAUGUAUUCCUACAAGAAGCAUUCUGGGCUCCUGGGGGGAGGAAGCCCUCUGGGUGUGCCUUUUGUGAAGAACCUGCUCGCCGAGCUGGAGAACACGUACGCGCAGGAGCAGGCCCGCGAGAGCAUGUCGGCAGUCAGCAGUUCGGGCGGAAGCGGCGUGCCUGAUUCUGAAAGUACAUCCUUGGAGCCUGUGACGGAAGAGGAAGCAGCAGCUUUGAAAAAGGAGUUCGCCGCAAAGCAGCAGCAUCUCCUGAUGGAGAUGAGCACUGCCUACCUUUCCACCAACGUGCUCCUGCUGUCGUGGUCGGAUCCCAAUCUGGAGGCGACCUUGUGCAGCCACCCUUUGAUGAAGGACGGCGCGGCAAAGCUGUUUUCUUGGAUGGCGGGCCUAGAUGCAACCAAAGAUCCGCCUGGGAAGAUGAGCAUCUACCGCAUGAAAGCUUCCGCCGACGAGGCGCGCAUGGCCAGCAGCGUGGACCUCACCAGCAAGCUCUUGCGCGAGCCUGACUCCGCCGUCUUUCUGAGCGGCCGCAACCAGUUGCUACACAAGGACUUGAAGAAGGCGAUCCAGACUUUGAAGCCGAAAGUGGGUAUGAAGGAGAUGACGCUUGUGCCAGACGAAGCGGAGCUACUCAAGGCACUGCAUGGAGAAGGGCGCAAUGCUUAUGGCAGCAUCGACGCGUCUGAGCAGUACAUCCAUGUGGUGAAGACCAACAAGCUCUGGAAAGAAAGGCGGCCGACUCAGAGAAGAUUUGUGCCGGGCAACACAGCCUUCAGGAAUAUGUCCGGCCUGCCUAUCCUCGAAAAGGCUGCCAUGGUCAAGGUUCCGGCCAAGGAGAGGGAGAACAUUUUCCGCGGUGUGGUCGGCACAGACAAGUGGAACCCAGGCACCAAGAAGGCUUCGACAGCCCCAGCUCCAGCUGCGGCUGCUGCAGCUCCGCCUGCUGCGGCUGCGGAGGACGAAGAGGAAGAGGAGGAAGAGGAUGCUGCGGCGAACCCCUCGGAUGGCCUGAUGGAUUCGGAAGGCAAUGUGACCUUGUUUUUCCUGGAGCAGCGCCCCAAGGUGUGCGCGCAGCUUCUGUGGGAAAACGGGGCCAGGGUCUUGGUGGACUUCAGUCCUGGGGCAGGCAUGCUCGGCAAGACCGCCUUGUCCCUCGGCAUCAAGGUCGUUUGCGUCGCAUUGAACAACGCUCACAAAAGCUGCCUCAACAGGCUUUUGCACAGCUACAUCAGAGGCAAUGUUGAGGCCGACGUGCCUGGAUUCGUUCCCGCAGACAAGGCUUCCAAAAUUGACGAGCUCAAGCCUAAGCGUCUGGCUGUGUACGAGAAGCAGAGUGGACGGGAAGGCCAACCACCACUGCCGGGGGCAGGCCGGCAAAACUUUGAGAAAAACGUUCUCUCUGCCUUGGAUGCCUUACAGAGCGGUGCUCCGCCUGCCAAAAAGCAGAAGGUUGCAGUUCCGAAGGCGAAGGAUCCGCCCCCGCAGCAGGUCGUGCCGAAAUCCGAGCAGCCAAAAGCGCCGCCCAAGGCCAAGGCAACGCCGAAAGCAGGUCCGUCGGAAAGUGUUGCGGAUCUCCUGGUUUUCCAGGGAGACAGCCUUCCGGGCGACGUAGGCCGAGUCCGUGCCAUUGCAAUACACAGUCACAUGAUGGCUGCGAAUGUCCUCAAGAUCGCGCUUUUUGCUGCAGGGGUUGGGGCUGCUGCUGCUACAAAUGCGGUCGAAUUCCCAGAUUACGAGGAAGAGACGCUGAAGGAGCGUGGCGCGGCAUGGUAUCCCCAAGUGUUGCACGGUGACUGGGCCAACCCGGGUUCUGGCUUGCCAAGUCCGGACCUCCGACAGUACGCUUGGAAUGUACCAGCAGAGAUCCUGAAGAUGAUUCCCGUGAGCGUCAAGGAAAUCCUGCAAUGCGAGCGCACCAGUCUUGUGGUGCUGCGGAAUAUCCAUGUGGCAGACUUCUUUGCUGGAAAGUCGCGUAUUGCGCGAUGGAGCGAACUGUUGGGACUUACAACGGUGGCAAUUGACCGGGAUCACAGCAGCCAUCUUGAUUUCUGUUCGGACGAAGGCUUGGCAACGGCAAUCUGCACGCUGCUGAGAGUUCGCGAAGGCGGGCUCUGCUUUAUGGGCCCGCAAUGCAGCUCAUGGGUGUGGCUUUCUCGUUCCGUAACGAAGCGAUCUGCGGCAGAUCCGGACGGCGAUGUGAACCUGGCAACGGUCAGAGAAGGGAAUCACUUGAACAAAGUGGUCGCUCUGCUGGUAACCAUUGCUGGUCUUGCAGGCAUCUCCUGGGGUGAUUGA